AUGUCCGGCUCCGGCAGGAAAGACUUCGACGUGAAGCACAUCCUGCGCCUCCGCUGGAAACUGUUCAGCCACCCCUCGCCGGCGGGCGGCCCGGCGGGGGGCGGCUGCGUGCCGCCCGACAGCAGCUUCGAGCACUGGGGACCCAGCCAGAGCCGGCUGCUGAAGAGCCAGGAUAGAGGCAACAGCGUCUUCUGGAAGAAAUCCGCUUCCUCUGCCUCCUCCUCGGCCGCCACCACAGCUAGCCUGCCCAACGGGACGCUGCUGCCUACCGGCGGCCGGCCGGGCGGUGUGCACGGGCUGGGGCACGGGCACGGGCCGGGGCCGCCGCCGCCCCGCACCGUUUUCUACGUGGAGUCUCUGGAGGUGGAGGAGGAGGCGGUGCCCGGCGGGAUGGAGGUGGCACGGGAGCCCGAGAAGCCCCUGGCGCCGCCGGAGCGGGAGGAGGCGCCGGGGGGCUGCGCGGAUGGAGGCACCCGGGCAACAGGUGACGGAGACGGGCACAGACUGUCGGGAGCCAGCCACCCCUUGCCACCCCACUGCGACAUGGAUUCAUGUAGCUCUGAGGAAUUCUACCAGGCUGUUCACCACGCGGAACAAACCUUCAGAAAGAUGGAGAGCUACCUGAAGCAACAGCAGCUCUGUGAUGUUAUCCUGAUUGCUGGGAAUCGCAAGAUACCUGCACAUAGACUUGUCCUCAGUUCUGUCUCUGACUACUUUGCUGCCAUGUUUACAAGUGAUGUUUGUGAAGCCAAGCAAGAAGAGAUCAAAAUGGAAGGCAUAGACCCCAAUGCACUGUGGGAUCUUGUUCAGUUUGCAUACACAGGCUGUCUGGAAUUGAAAGAAGACACCAUUGAAAAUCUUCUAGCAGCUGCCUGCCUCCUCCAGCUCCCACAAGUAGUAGAGGUUUGCUGCCAUUUCCUAAUGAAGCUUUUGCACCCAUCCAACUGUUUGGGAAUACGUGCGUUUGCUGAUGCGCAAGGAUGCACAGAGCUUAUGAAGGUGGCUCACAACUACACCAUGGAGAAUAUAAUGGAAGUUAUAAGAAAUCAAGAAUUUUUGCUUUUACCUGCUGAAGAACUCCAUAAACUUCUUGCUAGUGACGAUGUGAAUGUUCCUGAUGAAGAGACCAUUUUCCAUGCCUUAAUGAUGUGGGUGAAGUAUGAUAUGCAGAGGCGAUGCAAUGACCUAAGUAUGCUACUUGCUUAUAUCAGAUUACCACUGCUUCCACCUCAGAUACUGGCUGACCUAGAAAACCAUGUGCUUUUUAAGGAUGACCUAGAAUGCCAAAAGCUUAUUCUGGAAGCCAUGAAAUACCAUCUCUUACCAGAGAGAAGAACUCUCAUGCAAAGUCCAAGAACUAAACCUAGAAAAUCUACAGUUGGGACACUUUAUGCUGUUGGAGGAAUGGAUAACAACAAAGGUGCUACAACUAUUGAAAAGUAUGAUCUCAGAACAAAUAUAUGGAUCCAGGCUGGAGUGAUGAAUGGCAGGAGGCUUCAGUUUGGUGUUGCUGUCAUCGAUGACAAGCUGUUUGUCAUUGGAGGCCGAGAUGGUUUAAAGACAUUAAACACUGUUGAAUGUUACAAUCCAAAGACCAAGGCUUGGACUGUGUUACCACCAAUGUCAACACACAGGCAUGGCUUAGGAGUUACAGUGCUUGAAGGGCCUAUUUAUGCAGUUGGAGGACAUGAUGGCUGGAGUUACCUGAAUACAGUUGAGAGGUGGGACCCUCAAAGUCAGCAGUGGACAUUUGUGGCAAGUAUGUCAAUUGCCAGAAGCACUGUUGGAGUAGCAGCAUUAAAUGGCAAGUUAUAUUCAGUUGGAGGUCGGGAUGGAAGUUCGUGUUUGAGUUCAAUGGAAUAUUAUGAUCCUCACACAAAUAAAUGGAAUAUGUGUGCUCCUAUGUGUAAGAGAAGAGGAGGUGUAGGAGUGGCUACAUGUGAUGGCUUUCUUUAUGCAGUUGGAGGCCAUGAUGCUCCUGCUUCUAACCAUUGUUCUCGACUGCUGGACUAUGUAGAAAGGUAUGAUCCGAAAACUGACACAUGGACAAUGGUGGCUCCACUGAGUAUGCCUCGAGAUGCUGUUGGUGUCUGUCUUCUUGGUGACAGGUUAUAUGCAGUAGGUGGCUAUGAUGGCCAAACAUACCUCAAUACUAUGGAAGCAUAUGACCCUCAAACCAAUGAAUGGACACAGAUGGCUUCUCUAAAUAUUGGAAGAGCUGGUGCUUGUGUUGUAGUCAUCAAACAGCCAUGAAUGUCAGCACUGCUUAGGAUUUUACUGGUUGUGAAAUUUUUUCUUAAUCAGACAACAAGAAUGACAACUUCAUGAGAUGGAUUUACACAGUGAAUACUCUGUUGAUCACAAACUUGAAGAAGUUUGGAAGUGACAUGGAUUAAGUAUUUAUGUCCUAUAAAGUCAUAAAAACUGUUCACAUUCAGUGAAAAAGAAAAAAAAAGUCAAGCUGUUGUAGGCAUAAAUAUGUGAAUGUGGAGUAGUAAGUUCAGGUACUGUUCUCGUGAAUGUGUCCUGGGGAACUCAAUAAUCAAGGGACAGCUCUACAAAAGGAGUGGGAAGGAAUACGAGAACAGUUUUCAUGGCCGCAAGAGUUUUAACAUGAAGUUCAUUUAAUCACUUUUAAACUGUGUUUUUUAAAAGAAAAAAAAGUAGAUAAUGAUGUAAUUUUUUUCUGUUCAGGUCUUGUCUUCAACUAGGUUAUGGCCUUCUCAUUUCAUCAGGCAGUAUCGUUCUUACUGAAGGGAAGAGGUAGAAAAGUCUGGAUGUUCAAGUUUCUUUCAUAAUGACUGAGUUGUUGCUCUACAGCACAAAGAAAAACAAAACCUCUAAGAUUACUUUUUUUGUAACUUCAGAUUGUACCUCCUUGACAGUAUUAACACAUCUUAUAAGUAAGUCUAUAGAAGGGGAAGACUGUGUUAACCUAACUAUACACAAACUAUCCUUCAGCUGCACUGGGGCUUUGUUGCAAAUGUGGGAAUCGAAAGAAGUUUCCUAACUCUUUCUUAUAUUCAAUUUAAGCAUGUGGGCUAUGAUGUCAUUGUAUAAUGCAUCUUUUGCAUGUUGGAAGCUCAUGAAAGGCUGGAAAAUGGAUACUGUUCCUUCACUGCAUCACGUAACAGAUGAACCAUGACCAGAACAGUCUAUAGAGCCUCUUCUGACAUGUCAAGAGCGAUAAAAGUCCUACAUUUUAUUCCCUUCUGUUGCUCAUACAUACACAACUUCACCUAAUAAGACUUUCCACUUAUGACUGAGAAUAGCUGCAAGUAGGAAAUUCAGAAUAAAUGCAAGUGGAAUAAGGAAAACUAGACCAUUUGAUCUACUGAAGUUCAUAUGGUAAAUAUAGUAGUGUCAUUUGUGCUUCCCUUUAGGGCUGAUCAUUUCUGACAGUAAUGAUACUUUGAACUUUUGCCUUGGCAGUAGAUUUGAUGUUGAUGCUUUCUGUCUGCCCAGCUGAAUCAGUUAGCAUCCUAAGGACACUAAUGGAUUAUGAAAUUCUACUACUCAGGGAGGCACAGGCUCUGGGAACAGGAUUACCAAGUAUGCCUCUUGUUUGAAGUCUUGCUGAUCCUCUAGGAAACUUUCCAUGGCCCAAAAGUAGAAAUCUCACAAUCCUCUAUGACUAGCAAUUUUGGGGACAAAUUCUGGUUGUAAUUAAAAGGGCUUUCCUAGUGGAAACCUUUGAAGCCACUUGAGAUGAAGAAAUACAUACAGCCUCUCACUUGGGACAUUUAAUUUGAAGAUGUCUUUCCUUCUAACAGCAUCAGCAUGCAUGGAGAUCUUUGUUUCCUGACAUAAAGUGAACCUCAGUUCACUGUUUUAAAUCUUUUUACAUGCUUCUCUGUCCUAAUUAGAAAUAAGCCGCAAAAUAUUCAAUACUAAUUUUCCACAGUCAGUUGGCUUUUGAGUUGCAAUUAGUCUUUCUUCCACAGACAAGCAUGUCCAUUUUGCCCAGCUAUUACAACUUCUUGAAUAGAAGAUGUUUCUCUCUACAAAUAUUGCUUCACAUAAACAUAAGCUUCUGAGACCAAAACCAGAAAAUUCUAUAAUAUAAUUGCAGUUAAAUAUAGACAGUAGCUUUCAGUUCUACUAGACAAAUACCUAAUUAACUUAGAAAUUGAAUUUUAAUUCUGUUCCCAGAACUUCCUCUUGAUUACAUUCAUACACAGUAGUUAUGAUUAUUUUACCGAUAUACAGACCUUCAAAAAAGGAUUACUUCUGUUAGUUGCAAUCCAUGGUAGAUUUUUUAUGUGCCUUGAUUAUUUUUGUCUUCAAUUUAUCCUCAAUUUUAUUUUUAUUCUCAGUUUCCUUUCACACAUUUUCAAUUUGCCUUUUUUUAUCCCAAAUGAAACAAUAUUGUCAUGUGAAAAAAUUCAGACUAUGCCUCUUAUGCUGAAAGAAUAAAAUUACUAACUUGUUUUAUUUAGAUUAUGUAAAAUCUAGCCACAAUAAGAGCUAAAUUUGUCAUUCACUUUAUUUUUAUACACCUACAUCAACAGGUUCUGGAGUUUCUUCUAAACUUUAGGGAUCUUUUUUUAUUUUCUUUUUUCUUACCAUUGUGUUUGCUGUUAUAUAAAAAAAUAAUACUUUUACCUCUGACUUCAAAGGGAAUGGAUUUAAAUUGAAAUGGUAUUUGAUCUUGGUUUCUGUGAUCUAUUGAGAUCCUUUUUAUGUAUAUGAGUUAAAAUCACUUCUGAUAGGCUGAGUUGUGCUAAACAGUGUUACAUUUACAGGAAAACUAGCUAUCUUUUCAAAAACCAGAUUAUCUCAUCAUUGUUAAUCUAGCAUGGUACCUUUUCUCUCCAAUAAUUCCUUUGGUUUCACGGUAUGAAAAUAACAGUGGAAUCAGAUCUGCAAGAAGUAUUAAUUUUAGUGAAAUCAACAAUUAAAUUUCUCAAAAUGCUGCUUGUAAAUUUUGUAGUUUAAUAUUCUAAGUAUGUUCUAAAAUUUUAGCAUUUUCUCUAUAUUUCCAAUUUUCUAUUCAUCGUAACUUUAUUUUCUUCUAAAACAUCAAUCAGUUUUACUGGAAAGUCUUUGUUUCACAUUGGCCUGUUACGUCCAUUUUUCCUGCUGUUACCCAUUCUUAUAUAUGAAAAUCCUUUUUGUUUGUUUUUAUUGUUUAUUAGAUAUUUUAUUAAUUUUCUUAUUGCUGCUACUGGUUUUGAGAUAGGAGCAAGGUUAAGCACAUGAAUGUUAGAAAAGCUACUUUUAAAUUAAUGAGUCUAUACAUAUUUUUAUGAGAAGAUAAAGAAAACAAUACUGGCAAAUAGUGGUCAUUCUUUUGCCUAAGGAUUUAUAUUCAAAAGCUUGGAUGAAUGCAAGUUUCCCUCCCCAACUCUUUUCAAAUACACUGGGACAUUACAGAUCAGUGUCAGCCAGUUGUGUUGUAGAAUUUUUAUUUUGUUUUUCUUUUUAUUGAUUAUUUCUCUAAUGAAAAUUAAACAUUUUCUGCUCACACACACACACACAAAAAAGGCAGAACAAAAGUCUCCUAAUUGCUAGUAGAAAUAAUAUCUAAAAGAUAAAACAAGUGGGUUCCCCACAAGAGGGAAUAAACUAAUCAGUCUUAUGGCUGUGGCAGUUGUGUUAGUGUUUAUUAGUACAAUUAUUAAAGAAAUCAUAGAAGAAAUUACAUUUUUGCUGAGUUUUGAUUGGUUAUUUAAGAAAACAAAAUCAAGAAAAAUAACAUACUUCUCUGUUUUUCAAAUGAAUUAGUCUUCCUGAUUUAAUUCCUCUCAAAAUGUUAGAUAGUUAAACUCCAAGAAUAUAGUUUUCUGGAGAAUGCUAAAGGCUUUAUAAACAUGAUAUAAUAGAAGCUGAACUCAAUACAUAAACUAAACAUGCAAAAUAGGUAAAUAUUUUCCUAUGGCUCUCAGGGGGCCUUUUUUCCUACCAAUAUAGUAGUGUUAAAAAAUCCACUUUGCAAAAGAAAGACUAAUCUUUUGAUCCACUAUUGUUUAUGGAACUGUUGAUGUCCUUGAAGUUUUGGACCUUUCUUUUAAGUUACUUUUACAUUUACAGUUUUUAUUAUUGACAAUGAGAGAUGCUAGAAAUAUAACCAGUAUUAGUAUAGAUCUACAAAGAAAAAUUUAAUUUAAUAGUAUUCAAUAAUUCAAUAAUUCAAUAAUUCAAUAAUAAUUCAAUAAUAUCAUUAUUGAUAGACCUCUUUUUUACUGACAUUUUUGGUCCAAUUUUAUUCAAAAGUUGUGCACUGAAAUCAAAGUUACAUGUAAGGCAACAAAAAGAUCUGAAGCUAAGACUAUUGUUACUUUGACUUCAAUGAUACUUGUUCAACAUAUAUUUGUAUAUGCGUCCCUUGAAAUCAAAAUACCAAUAUUGUUUAAAAGCAAAAGCAAAUUAAAAAAAAUCCUGUUGCACAGAGAACAGAUUUUCAAUCACAUGAAACUUCUCAAAUUAUUGAAGCAAUUUAAGGAUUCUUUCAGGGAGUUGCCUGUCUCCUAAUGUUACUCUGUUAAGCUAACAUUGAUUGUCAUAAGGGAAGCAUUUUGGCAUAGACCAAGGAUGACUUCCUUUAGAGUCAUUCUGUUCUGCAGAGAACUGCCAUCAAUUGGCCGUUAUUUAAAAAGCUGAUCAUGUUAUAAUGUAUCUAGAAAGCACUAUACAUUAUUCAGAUUUUUUUUGUAUGUUUAGAUGACAGAAGUAAAUUCUCUUGAAUAUAUUUGUCAAUAACUUAAACACUUUUCAAUGACUAAUAAAAAUAACUCACACAUAAUUUUAAAGUUAUGCAGGUUUUAAUGGCUGAGACCUUAUGUCUGUGAGUAAACAGUGGAAACACUCUGAAAAACAGAUUUCCCACAAUGGAAUUCACACUCUUUCCUUAUUACUGUGCUCAUGAUGAACUGGGAAUAACAAAAUGUAUCCAUAAUGUAUGACUUUGCAUUAAUUAUUUUAUUAGGAAUAAAUAGAAAAGACAUUUCUGCAAAAGCCUAAAAAAAACCCCAACUUCUUGUAACUGUAAUCAAACAGCUGUAAUAAAUUACAUAAAUAAUUUUGUAAUAUUGUGGGAAAUGUAGACAUUUGACUAUGUGCAUGUAUGGAAUUUGAUGGUACAAAGCUAAGUAUAAAACUACUUACCUAUUUCAAAUUCUGGAUAUAGAAUGGUGCACUUUGCUGCUAUUAGCAUCUCCCAUACAUACAUUUGACUUUUGUGUUCUCACAAUCCCACUUCGCAUUGGCUCUUUGUACAAUAGCACUUUCUCACUUUUCUUCCCUCCCACCUCCAGUUUCUGUUGACAUAAAAGAGGCUUUCUACUAUUAGGCACAUUUUCCCACAGAAUUGUUUCUGAUGGAAGCAGCAAGUAUAACAGCACACUGUACUGGUAAACAACUCAUCCCACUAUAUACAGAGUGGAUGUGCAUGACAUAAAAAGGAAAGUGUUAUUUUUAUUUUCUGAAGUAAACAUUUUGGAUAUAUCUUCAGUCUUUUGAAGAUAUGCACACUGAAAAAAAAGAAAUAUAAACUUUCUAAAAAUGUAAACAUUUUUGAUGGAACAAUUCUAGCUAUUCAUAUACCACUCCAACUUCACAAAACUGUGUCUUUAGCCAUACAUAGUUAUGAUCCCAGUGCUGGCAUCCAGAUCUCUUGUAGACUUUCAGGUUUGUGAAUUUGUCUCAAUGUCUCCAAAUUUUUUCUAAUCCAGAGCACAUCUCCAGUUGAAUAAAUAAAAUAUAAAAUGUAAUAUUUACAGCUCACAUUUGAAGCUUCUAUAUCGCAUGCACAAAUCAGAAAUGAGAAUCCCAGAUUGCUCACAGAGCAUGUUUUCAGCUUUGGCAGGAGUUUAUUUCAAAGUUAUCUUUUCUACCAAAUAUAGCAUCCAGUGUAACCAGUAUAAUGUUUAUCAAACUAUCAGAAUAGAAAAUAUUAUGUGAAGGAUAAUAAGUAGAAUAACAGCAGCUCAGAAAUGUUUAAAAAAAAAAAAUAUAAUAGGGAAAAUAUGUUUGUUACUUGCAAUAAGACAUUCCCCAAAGGUACUAUAUUUUAUUCCCAACAGAAGAAAUUUGAUUUUAGGGAAAAAACUUUGCAACCAAUCUACUGGCUCAUAAAUUGAAAUGCAAUUUGAAAGCAGUAAUUUCUUAUAUUCUUUCUUCUAAAACAGGGACUUGACUUUGUACAUUCACAAUAAAAGAAGAAAAAUUCUUAUUUAUGGCAAAGUAAAACUUAAAAUGUCAGUAAUGAAAAACAGUAGCUCAAAUGUAUCUUACAAUUCAGUAACUAGUUAUAUAGUUAAAGUUUGGAGAUUAUCACGCUCUCGGACAUUUUUGCAUCUACUGUUCCAAGCAGAUGUAUAUAUACUAGUUAAUACAAGUUCACUGGCAGCUCAGAAAAGAAGCUCAUUAUGUGAAAGUAACUUCAGAAGUAUUUAUGUUUAAAAAUAGAUUAUCCUUGCAAUAUAUCUGUCCUAACUUAAAUGAGAAUGUAUAAAAUAUUCAACAGAAUAAUCAUUCUCCAGCCUUAUUCUAAAUCCAGUGUAAAGCUGCUCAAAUUGGCAUAAACUUACGUUUCAUUGCAAAUUCCCUCAUUAUAGUUCUGCUCCAUAGCACAUGGAGAUCAGGUACACUUAGGGGCAAAAAGACUGCUCAAAAUCCUUAAAUCAGAAAAACUUUGAUUUCCAUGUGCAGGACUGCAGGUGUUGGAAAUUAAACCAUGAAGAAAAUUACUAGCAAAGGUAAGAAAUGCAGUGACAGGGAUCAAUACUGGCUAUCCACAGCUUCCCUUGCAGAUCUAUGGGGAGUCCAAAUCCAUCACCCUUUAAGGCAGGGGGGUCAAACUCAUUUUUGCCAGGGGCUACAUCAGCCUCACGGUUGCCUUCAGAAGGCCGAAUGUAAUUUUAGGGUUGUAUAAAUUUAACUACUCCUGCAUUUAUAUGGUCCUAAAAUUACACUCAGCCCUUUGAAGGCAACUGUGAGGCUGAUGUGGCCCAUGACAAAAAUGAGUUUGACACCCCUGAUCUAAGGGUUUCAAAAGCCAUCAAAGAUGAGGUAUAGGUAACUUAGACUACCAUCACCCUAUAUUUUCCCAGAUUUUCCAUGAUAUGAUGCUUAAUAAAUAAAAUAAACAAUAAAUAAAUAAAAUUUAAAAAUCUGUUCUUGCAGAAUUCUAGUACUCUUCUGAAUUAAGUCUGUGAACCACGAUCGUAUUCCCUCUUCUUCCCAUGGAUGGCUAAAUUGUGUGUAAACUCUGACAUUCAUAGUGAACUAUUUCUAAUGCCUGUCCCCCAAAAAAGUCACUGGAGAGGGCUGCCUUUGAAGGCCUCCAGGAAAAAAUAUUGUUCCAAAAUGGAUAUUUAAUUAAUGGAUAUUUAAUUUAAUGGAUAUUUAAAUUAAGUGUAUGAACUUUCAGUUUAGUUACCCCCACAUAAGUGUUAAAUAUAAUCUGAGAUGCCCCAAAUUAUCUAAGACAUCAACAACAGGCUGGCAGGUGUGACACAGAUGCACUUUUGGAGUGGCAACAGAAGUUCAAAUGGGAAACUCUAAUGUAUCCCAGAUGAUAUUAAGUUGUAGGCAAUUAGAAUCCAUUGUAGGCUUAUGUGUAGGCAAUUAGAAUCCAUGAUCCCUCAGAUAUAUAUGUAUAUACAUAAAUAUAUGGUUUUUUAUAUAUGCAUCCAAUGUCAUUAGAUUGAAGGUGGCAACUUCCAACCCACUUGGGUGAUAAGAAAGGCUGAAUUUAAAGAUGUUUUACUUCAGUUGCUUUAGCGUGAAAAUAUUAACAUUAAUGAUCCAGUCACUGACGCAUGUAGUGAACAUAGCUGUGAGAGCACAGUCAACAAAUACUCAUUAAUACUGGCAUGAUAAGUAUGGGGAAUGCUAACUUGGAGAUAUUCUCUUUAUCAUGAAAAUUAGCUUUUGUGCAUCACUUCAGUCAGAAAUUUAUUCUGUAAGAAAUUAAUAGGUAAAUUACCCUUACUCAGCAGUUAUUAAAAAAAUUUACUACAGUAGUUACUAUUGCCUAAUGUAGAGUUCUUUGGUUUGUUUUUCUGUUUAAUGGUAAAAUGUUUCUGAGUGCAAUUCUGUAAAGAUUUGGAUGGCCUAUUUUGGUCACAUAGUGAAAAAUCUCAUAUGUAGGCAUAGUGUGGAAAGAAAGUAUAUUGAGUUUUAGGUUUGUUGGUUUUGUUGUUUGUUUAGGGUUUUUGUGUAUGUUUUUGUUUGAUUGAUUUGGUUUGGUUUAGAUUUUUUUUCUUGUUUCUACAUCUGUAUACUUUCCGGAAUAUCAAUGGAUUUAAAAUGAUCAUUUGUCCCAUAUGAAAGCAAAAAAGAUAAAGAAGACUUGCAAUAGCAAGCUAAGUGAAUAUUCAGUUUUUUAUUUCUUUAAUAGUGUUCUUAAAUAUAGAUAUGUACUGUGUAAAUGUCCACAUAAGAAUUAUACAUCAUAAGAUUUUUCUUUUAUUAAUAGCUAGAGUAGCAAAAUCAGUAUUUCUAGAACACAAUUCAUAUCAUUCUAAAGGUGAAAUAAAUCACACUUUAAAAGUGUGUUUCUCUCCAUUGACUGUGAAACGUGCCUAAAAUGACUAGUUUGAUGCAGACAUUCACACUGUGGACACCUACAUUUCUUAAGCUAAGUAUUUAACUUGGGUGAUAUGAAUCUAUAAAAUCUGAUAAAUGCCUAAAAGUAACUGGCCACACAAACAUUUAUUUCAGAUAGCUAUGACAGGAUUUCCAUUUACAAUAUGACUGCAAGACUCAACUACAUACUGAAAAAUUUCCCUGCUCUGAAAUCAAGCAAUGGUGUGGUCUUCAGAGAGUGGAUAAUUUUGAACUGCCAAAUGACAUGCAAAAGAACACAUAAUCUUUUAAAAACAUUUGAUACGGCAGAAAAUAAGAUAUCUUUGUUUAUGUUCAGCUGAUGUUGGGGAACUGAAUUAGAGGUAUUAAAUUGUAAAGAAAAUGAAAUCAACAUCUUUACUUGCUUGACUGCUGUCUUUCCCUUCCUCCUCCUAAAAACAACCAUAAAAAAACUAACCAAAAAGACCCCCCAAAUAAUAAGUCCUUUUUAAUUUCACUAAUGUUCACUAAUUUAUAUUGUCAUAAAUUAUAAUUAAUUGCAAAAUUAGAAUUAGACAGAGGAAGAGCAGUAACUAAAAUGGCAGAGAAGUAACUGUUAUACAUAGAAUGGAGCAAUUCAUUAAACGGAAAAACAAAACAAACCAACCAAACAAAUAAAAACCACCACCCACCAAAUCAAACCAAAAUCCUUUUUUCUAGAAUGGUCAAAUCAACGUACAGUGUCAGCAGGUUUAUGCUAAUGGAUAUUUAUUCUCUAACUAAAGAGCUUCUGCCGUCACCUUGCAUACCAAAAGAGUUUGUAUCAGAUGGUGGCUGCUUGCUCUGUGUAAGAGGCUGGAAACUGAGGGCUGAGUUUUCCCUGCAAGUUAGACACAGUUGAAGUAGAAAUAAUGUGAUUAACAGUGUCAUAAAUAUGAACUUCCCAGUGCUGUCAUACAACAGUGCAACUGUUUGCAGAUGUAUUAUAUGACUUUCAUGUCAAACUAGUCCAGUAAGAAGUUUUGAAAUUUUAGUUGAAAACAAAACUAGUAUUUAAGAAGUAUCUUGGGUAUAAUUAGUAUGGUAAGGAACUACAGAGCAAAAUAAGUGUACAAUGGUUUGGAAUGUGAGAGAAUAAAUACAUUAUGAAAAUGUACAAAUAUGGUUGUAAAUAUAUUAAAUUAAGCUGUCUUAAGUUUUGCAAUAUUUGCAGAGCAGUUUACUGAAUGUUAUGCUUUUACCAUGAUUCCCUUAUACCUUGGACAUGUGUGUAUAGAAUGCAAAUGAAGAGAUAGAGCACAAUGUUAAACUUGUAACCUGGCUUUGUUUGACACAACUUGUUUAUAAGGAAUUUGAAUCCUGAAAAUGUCACUGUGCAAAAAUAAAUAUGCCUGUUUUUAUGUGU